AUUAUAUCAUGCAUAUUUUUGAGAGAGAGAGAGAGAGAGAGAGAGAGAGAGAGAGAAAUAUGUUUGGGAGGGCCCUUCUAAUCUUAGUUGCCGUAAUUGGCUGCUGUAUAAGCUCAAGCUCGGCGGCUGUAAGCGGCGUUGCACUGAAAACAAGCACUGACUUCGUUAAAGCUUCCUGCAGCAGGACAACUUAUCCACAGCUCUGCUACAGCUCCCUCGUGAGCCACGCAAGCGCCAUCCAAACAAGCCCUAAGCUCCUUGCUAGCACGGCCCUAAGUGUGGCCCUCACGAAGGCCCGUUCAACUUCCGCUGUUAUGGUUAAGCUGUCCAAGGCCCAAGGCCUCAAGCCUAGAGAGGUUGGAGCCAUGAAGGACUGCGUGGAGGAGCUCGGCGACGCAGUCUAUGAGCUCAGGAGGUCCAUCGCUGAGAUGGAUGCGCCCCUGAGAUCCAAGACCUUCGAACUCAUGAUCAGCGACGUGCAGACCUGGGUUACCGCUGCCCUCACGGACGAGACCACCUGCUCCGAUGGGUUCGCCGGGAGGAUGAUGAAUGGCAAGCUGAAGACCAUAGUCAGGAAGCACAUCAAGACCGUGGCACACCUCACCAGUAACGCCUUGGCUCUUGUCAAUUUAUACGCCUCCCUUUGCGUCUAAACCAAUCAGCGCCUACUCAGGUCCCUCCUAGCUACAAACGGUUUCUUAUUCAGAGCUUGGAAAAACCGACUCGAUUGCCUGAUGGAUGGUCUAGUUAUGUCACUUGGUGUAAAGAUGCUAGAGCGACUAAAGAUCGCUGUAAGAUGCAUAUUGUAUGGUUCGAAAUUAAUUAGAUGCUUUAAUUAAGAUGCUUGUGAAGCAAGCAGCGUUCAUAGUUCUAUCAAUUGAUAAAACUUUGCAUGUAACGUAUUGCUUUGCGUUUGAUGAUGAUGAUGAUGGUGAUGAAUGGCAGGUACGUUGAUGGUUGCAUG